CUCUCAAAGUCUAGGGUUUUCAAUCCGGCUGCCGAUCGCUCGAAUUUCAAAACCCUAGCCCUAAAUUCUCUUCUCCUUCAAUUUCAAAGCUCCCAUCUUUUUCUGCCUCCCAGAGCUAGGGUUUCUUCAACAUCGAUCCAUCAUGGCAAUGCUGCCUUACCCUGGAAUCCAGUUUAAACCCAGUGAUGAUCUGCUGCUGACCUUCUACCUCCCCAAGAAGAUCGCCGGAGGACGAGAUUCGCUCGAGAUCCCAAGUUACCUUAUCUGCGAUUUCGAUGUAUAUUCGACCGAACCCUGGAAUCUCCCAGCUCGGGAUUUUCGAUACCUAACCGAUAACAAAGACAUGCUUUUCUUCUCCCCGAGACACGCAAUCAGCAGCAGAAAAGGUACGGCAAAAAAUGUGAAGCGUACCGCUGGCUGUGGUUUCUGGAACGGAAAAGGCAAAGAGCAAGAUGUCUUCUGUGGAUCUCGACGUGUUGGGUAUAAGACGCCGCUGACUUUUGUCAGUACCGAGGGGGGGAAAAGGAGGAAUACCAACUGGAUCAUGCACGAAUUUCAUCUCAAGCCUGCUCAGAACAGUAACAAGUUUGAGAGCAUGGUAAUCUGCAGAAUUCAUAAGAAGAAAACGAAGGAAGACAGAGAAGGAGGGGCAGAUGCAAACUCCGGUGUUGCAGCUUUUAUUGAACAAGAAGAACAAGGAACAGCAUCAGCGGCAACACAUGUAGAAGAAAGGCCUCUAAAGAGGAAGCGGGUGGAGGCUUCAUCAUCCUUACCGCCCUCGUCAUCAUCAUUGCCUGCAUUUCUUCCUUGCAAAGAAGCAGAAGCCUUCGAUCGGUUGAUUUCAACAAUGGAUGAAAAGCGGCAUACUGUUUUCGAACAAGAGGAAGAAGUGGAUGGAAGGCAGGUGACUGAGAUGUUGCUUAAAGAACACGAAGCAAUGACAAAUCAUUUUAAGGCAGCUGCUGAAUCUGGUGCUGCUACUUCUAUUUGUGAACAAGCAGCGACAUAUGUAGAGGACAGACUUCUAAAGAGGAAAUGGGUUGAGGGAUGCAGCAACUUCCACGAUACUGAGAAAACUUCCACGGUUAACACUGAAGCACCUUCUCAGCCCUCGUCAUCAUCUCCAUACUUGUCAUCAACAUGGGUCUGCGCUCCUGCUUUAGAUUCUUAUGAAGCAUCAUCCUCAUUGAUCGACAUUCUUCCACCAACAUCGCAGGAUCAUUGGACAUGGGAGGAUUUGGAAAUUGACGUUGGUACUGUCUCUUAUUUGGAUGAAUUGAUGGAAUGUUUCAGUGACUCUUGAAUUCUUAUUGUAACUGUUAUACUGUCAUU